AUGGAUCCGAGUCCAUCCUUCUCAACAGAUGUUAGCGUCUUCCACACCAUCGAACCAGAGUUGCCACUCCACAAGCCGUCUGGGAAGGGCCAGAAACGUCGACCAAGCUCCUCAUGCCCAGAUGAAGGUCCAACAGGUGUAAAGAGGCCAAAGCUAUCACACACCGCCUUCACAGAACCUGCCGAAAGGGCUGUUCCAUCGUCAAGGGCAAGCACAACGGUCCACACUGGAUGCGUCACACAUGAUUCCCCCAAAGACCCUCUGUUCGAUAAUGAUACUGUCGAUUACGUGACAGAAGAUACUUCCCUGAUGGCCGAAGAAGAGGUGGAUCAUCAACAUAUGCUUCCCCAGAAUACCGGCUCAGCAGCGGGCACCGAGGAUUUCGACCAAGAUCGGGAUCUUGCCCAGAUUGGAACCUUGUGGGACUAG